GUCAGUCACAUCCUGUGUUUUCCUCUAGGUUCACUUUCCAGACACUGAAAGAGCGGAAUGGCUAAAUAAGACUGUCAAACACAUGUGGCCUUUUAUUUGCCAAUUUAUAGAGAAGUUGUUUCGAGAAACCAUAGAGCCAGCCGUGCGGGGAGCAAACGCCCACCUUAGCACCUUCAGCUUCACGAGAGUCGACAUGGGUCAGCAGCCCCUCAGGAUCAACGGUGUCAAGGUGUACACGGAAAAUGUGGACAAAAGGCAAAUUAUUUUGGACCUUCAGAUUAGUUUUGUAGGAAAUUGCGAGAUUGAUCUGGAGAUCAAGCGAUACUUCUGCAGAGCCGGUGUGCAGAGCAUACAGAUCCACGGCACCAUGCGGGUGAUCCUGGAACCGCUGAUUGGAGACGUGCCCCUAGUGGGAGCCUUGUCCCUCUUCUUCCUGAGGAAGCCGCUUUUAGAGAUCAACUGGACAGGCCUGACUAAUCUUCUCGAUAUCCCUGGACUGAAUGGUUUAUCAGAUACCAUCAUUUUGGAUAUAAUAUCAAACUAUCUGGUGCUUCCCAACCGGAUCACUGUUCCUCUCGUCAGCGAAGUUCAGAUCGCCCAGCUGCGGUUUCCAAUACCAAAGGGUGUUCUAAGGAUCCACUUUAUCGAAGCUCAGGACCUCCAGGGGAAGGACAGGUACCUUAAGGGACUUGUCAAGGGAAAGUCGGACCCCUACGGAGUCAUUCGCGUUGGGAACCAGAUCUUCCAGAGCAAGGUUGUCAAGGAGAACCUGAGCCCGAGGUGGAACGAGGUGUACGAGGCCUUGGUCUAUGAACAUCCUGGGCAGGAACUGGAGAUCGAGCUCUUUGAUGAAGACCCAGACAAGGACGACUUCCUAGGAAGUCUCAUGAUCGACCUGACGGAAGUGGAGCAGGAGCGGCUUCUAGACGAGUGGUUCACCCUGGACGAGGUCCCCAGAGGAAAGCUGCACCUGAAACUGGAGUGGCUCACACUGAUGCCACAUGCCACCCACCUGGACCAGGUGCUGACAGACAUCAGAGCUGACAAGGACCAAGCCAACGAUGGCCUCUCCUCCUCCUUGCUGAUCUUGUAUUUGGAUUCGGCGCGAAACCUCCCGUCAGGGAAGAAAAUAAACAGCAACCCUAACCCUCUUGUGCAGAUGUCAGUUGGUCACAAGGCCCAGGAGAGCAAGAUUCGGUACAAAACCAAUGAGCCUGUGUGGGAGGAACACUUCACUUUCUUCAUUCACAAUCCCAGGCGCCAGGACCUUGACGUUGAGGUCAAAGAUGAACAGCAUCAGUGUUCCCUGGGGAACCUGAAGAUCCCCCUCAGUCGGCUGCUCAGCAGUGAUGAUAUGACUGUGAACCAGCGAUUCCAACUCAGUAAUUCAGGUCCAAACAGCACUCUGAAGAUGAAGAUCGCCCUCAGGGUACUACACCUCGAAAAGCAGGAAAGGUCUCCUGACCACCAGCACUCGGCUCAAGUAAAGCGACCCUCCGUUUCCAAAGGAGGGAGAAAAACAUCAGUCAGGUCCCAGGUGUCCUCGUCGCCGGGUGCUGGUGACAGCAGCCCAGCCCCAUCCACUCCAGUCAUUGGGGGUGGCCCGAAGCCCGGCGUGGAGGAGAGAGCCCAGCCCAGUGAGGCCAGCCCUCAGGGCCCUCGGGACCUUGGCAGAAGCUCCUCUAGCCUCCAGGUCAGCGCCACCGGCUCCCCCAGCCACAUCUUCACCAAGGAGCCCACCCCCAGCAUAGCCUCGGACAUAUCGCUGCCCAUCGCCACACAGGAGCUCCGGCAGAGGCUGCGGCAGCUCGAGAAUGGGACGACACUGGGACAGUCUCCCCUGGGGCAGAUCCAGCUGACGAUCCGGCACAGCUCGCAGAGAAACAAGCUGGUGGUGGUCGUGCACGCCUGCAGAAACCUCAUUGCUUUCUCUGAGGAUGGCUCUGACCCCUACGUCCGCAUGUAUUUGUUACCGGACAAGAGGAGGUCAGGGAGGAGGAAAACACACGUGUCCAAGAAGACACUGAACCCUGUGUUCGAUCAGAGCUUCGAUUUCAGCGUCUCGUUACCAGAAGUGCAGCGGAGAACACUGGAUGUUGCCGUGAAGAACAGCGGUGGCUUCCUGUCCAAAGACAAAGGGCUUCUUGGCAAAGUGCUGGUGGCUUUGGCCUCUGAAGAACUCGCCAAAGGCUGGACCCAGUGGUAUGACCUCACAGAAGAUGGGGUGAGGCCACACGUGGUGAUGUAGGCUGCGCUGGCGUGAGGAGCUCCCUGGUGUGUCCGCCCACCCCAUAUGCUCCGAAGGCGCCCUCCCCCAGCACCGAUGCUACUUUUGUACUCCAUGUCCUUCACUAGGUAUAAAACAAAUACCUUAAUUGUUUUAUAAAACGUGGACAUUUUAGGCAUAUUUGGCCGAUGUUACUGUUAACUUUUGUAUAUUUGACUUCCUGUGUAUUUCCCGUUAUUACCAUGUACAGUAGGACGGUAGUUACAGUUGUGUGGAGCUGUGUGUCCAGGAGGCAGGUGUGUGAGGCAGGUGUGUGUGUGCUGCAUUGUUGCCUUGUUUUGUACGUCACCCAGGUCCCCUGUGCCCUGUAAAUAGACUCUAUUUUUUAUAAUCUCUACAUGCUGGUGUGAAUUCAGAAGAAAAUGGUUUAAGGAAAUAUAUAUUUUUUCUUCUAAAACUUAUUAAAUUCUUAUGACAAAUAAUCAUUUUUGUUUUUGCAGGAAAAAGUUCUCAGUGACUUAUUUUGCACUGUUUCUUUUUAAAAAGAAAAGCUGAAAGAUUAUUAAAUAUUAGUAUAUCUCUGCCCAUUAUCAAUGAAAGUAUUCAAAAUAUUAACACUUCCAUAACUAUAAUGUAUUAUUGAGAAGUUGGUUGAAGUGCUUAUAAGGAAAAUAUAUAUCUAACUUGCAUAGAAUAUUAAGAGAAUUAUCAUGGCUCACAAAUCAUAGUGUACUAAUUUGAAAUUUCUUACAUAAAGUGAAAGUGUCUUAAGUUCUUUUAA